AUGAAGAGUCCAGAAACAGCACUUCUACGAGAAAGAGCUGAACGAAUCCACAGACGAGCUAGUCCCACGAAUGAGUGGACUGAUUCGAUAUCCCAUUGUUUACGACUAUCACGUAAAGCUCGAUAUAAUUUAGCAGAUGAGCUUUUAGUUAAAUAUCCAAAUCGUUUUCAAGAAUAUUUAAUUGAUUGUACAUCACCUGAAGUUCGUGGUGGAUUUAGUCGAAUACUUGUAGCUCUUGCUUGA